AUGGACAUCAGUCUAAUGGGUUUUGAUUCGCCGCUUUUGCACAACCUCCACCAUAUCCUUGCAGCCACCGACGACACCACCACCAACAAUAAAUCGAGCAAUGUCGGACCUACUCGCGCUUAUGUCCGUGACGCCAGAGCAAUGGCUGCAACUCCGGCUGAUGUGAAGGAGUAUCCCAACUCUUACGUCUUCAUCGUCGACAUGCCUGGUCUGAAGUCCGGAGAUAUCAAGGUCCAGGUGGAGGAAGACAACGUGUUGGUGAUAAGUGGAGAGAGAAAAAGGGAACACGAUCAGGAAGAGAAGGAAGGAGUGAAGUACGUGAGGAUGGAGAGGAGGAUUGGUAAGUUUAUGAGGAAGUUUGCGUUGCCGGAGAAUGCUAAUAUGGAGAAGAUAUCUGCGAUUUGUCAAGAUGGAGUGCUUACAGUGACGGUGGAGAAACUGCCGCCGCCGGAGCCCAAGAAGCCGAAGACGAUUCAGGUCCAGGUUGCGUGA